AUGGAGGUACUCAGAGCAAGGCGAGAUGAUGUGUUGACAGAGGUGCAGAGGAAAGAAAGCGAAGGUCUAAAAAGGCUUAGUGAAGUUCAAGUAUGGCUUACGAGUGUCGAGGAUAUCCAAAACCAAGUCUAUGAAUUGCUUCUUCCUCGUACAGCUGAAGUUGAAAGUUGGGAGAAACACAUUAGAAAGCCACCAGAUAUUCUUGAGCGUGCGCGUCAAGUUGCUAGAAAAUGUCGUGGUUUACCAUUGGCGCUGAUUAUCAUCGGCAAAAAUAUGGCGAGCAAGAGGACGGUACAAGAAUGGGAUGAAGCAAUCGACACUCUUGCUUCUUCUGCUGCAAAUUUCCUGGCUUGUUUAUUGAUGAAGAAGGAAGAGACAAAUCAAGUGAAAAUGCAUGAUGUGGUUCGUGAGAUGGCAUUGUGGAUAGCAAAUGAUUUUGGGAAGGAUGAAGAGAGAUGUAUCGUGCAAGCUGGUGUUGGUUUACGUGAAGGAUACGACUGCAUGAGGUUUACUGAAGUUGAAAAAGCUAAUAUAUCUGAAUUUGGAGGGACGCAACUUGAGAGUAUUUCUGGGAUAUCAAAGCUGUCGAGUUUGAGGACAUUGCGGCUAGCACAUUCCAUAUCGCAAGAUCUCGACGGAAUGAAGGAACUGCAGCUCUUAGAACAUCUAGAAGUGGUGACCAUAGUAUCGGAGGAUGAUUGGUUACCUGCUUUGGGAGAGCCAGUAAAAGCGUUCACUGAAGGAGGUGAAUGCAAAGAUUUAAUAAUUGAUUACAUCGCUUGCAAGGACGAAGCCGAGGAGAAGAAUGAAGAUAGCUUCACCAAAUGCAAGCAUGUGAAAGAGAUGCUGGACAAGUGUUACGAUGCUCACUCUGAUUACUGUAAUCUUCAUCCCAUUUCCCUAUCAAAGUAG